CUCUCCUCUCUAUUUACAUACAGUCGUUCCUUAUUCAUUUAUACAACUUCGCAACGAAUCUUAAUUGUAAACCCUUGAUCGUCAUGUUACCUCAACUAAGUUAUGUUGUUGCGCAAGCUGGUGUUGAUUCGAGACCUCCUCCUACAUUGCCUCGCUUGACUAAAUCUUUUUAUGCCAAUGGUGAUUCAAUAACAACCGCUACUAGUACUACUAUUACUACUACUACCAAUACUGCUGCUACUACUACUACUACUUCAACAUCUACUAUAGACCAACCAUAUUAUGCACCUUCUUUUUAUAUGCGACCUACUGUUUCACCAACACCUCCUCUUUUACCAUUACCUAGUAACACGUCUUCUACCUCGUCACCAUCGACCGCCACGGCUGCUCCUUCUUCUUUUGUAUACCCACCUUCUUCUUCUUCUUCUUCUUCUUCUUCAAAUGUUUCUACCAAUAAGAUAUCCUCUACUCCUUCUACUGUAUCCAAUCAGCAUAUUUCUGCUGGAUUUGCUUCCACGCCAUUACCUCAGCAAAAUCAUGAUCGUCAACAGAAAUCUCCUACUAUGACAACAAAUCCAAUUUUAUAUCAUCCUUCUUCUUCAGGUUAUUCUCAUCAAACUCAGCAACAACAACACAUAUCAUCAUCAGCGACAUCAUCCACAUCAUCCUCAUCUUAUCCACCUUUGUAUGCUUCGAGUUCUUCUGCGUAUCCAAGCUAUCCUGCCUAUCCAUCAAAUGACCCAUGGCCCCCUCAUUGGACAACUGCCCCUUUUGUGGAACCCGGCAAGUCAUCAUCAACUUCUGCCUAUUCAUAUAAUACAUCUUAUCCACCAUAUACCAAUCAAACAUCCACUACGAAUACGGUUAUUACCAAAGACAGUGCUUCUCCAAUAUUGGCUACAUCAAAUCAUAAAUACCAACAAGCUCCUUUGUCUCACCAAAAGGUACAACAGCAACAACAACAACAACAACAACAACAGCAACAACAACAAAAACAGAAACGUCGAUCCCGUGGUUUUAUUGUACCUGAUCAUAAUCCUCCUCCUCUCAAUAAUAUGAACGAUACAGAUCAAGAUACUUCUGUAUAUCGUCAUCAUCAUCAACAAGGAUAUGUAACAUCUGCCACUGGACCUGCUACUGAUAGUUACACAACAUCGCAUCGUGUGGAACACUUAAAAGAAUGGAAUCAGUUAUUGACAUGGAUGGAUCAUGACUUUUGGGAACAAAGUGAAGAAAUCUAUCAAGAGAAAUUGACUUCUUUACAACAAGAAUUAAGAUCAUUACAGAAUGAUACUCAUGUUACCUUCCGAGAUUUAGUAUCGGACUUGGAUUUGAAACGACAAACUAUGAUCGCCGACGCGGAGUGCUUCUUGAACUAUCAAUUGGAAUGGAUGGAACACUUGUAUCAAGAAGAUAUUGCCAUUAUAGAAGAAGAAUACAAUAAUGAAAAAAAGAACCUGCAUGAUGCCCUGAUGGCUGUCAUUGAAGAUCGAAAAAAGCAAAUUAAGGAAGAAAAAGAUGAUCAUAUAAAUACAAAAGACCUAUUCCAUGAGGCUUAUUCUCGUGUGACCAACAAGCGCACAUUGCGUAAACGACCUAAUGAAUCUGCGAGAAAUGAUUCUCGAAAACGGCAAGGUAAUAAGAAAAUAGGAUAUUCAAUCAUUCACUCAACUUGACUAUCCUUUUUGAUUAGCUCGUCAAGCUGCACAACAAUUGGAUAAUAACAAUUCACAUGCAAAAGAAGAGGAAGAAUUGGAAAUGGAACUUGAACUGAUGAAGAGUGGAACAAAAGGUAUUAUCAACGGACAUCAUCUACAAAGUUAUCAACAGCGAUAGUAAUUGGACCAAAAAAAAAAAAAAACAAUCACAUCACAUCAGAAUUUUAUAUCAUCCCUUAUUAGUCAUUUAGUUAGUUAUUUCUUUUUUUCUUUUUAUCUUUUUAUUGUUUACUUUAUUGUAGUUAUUUUUGUUUAUUAUUCAUGAAAAC